AUGGCAUCCAUGGAAGAUUUAAUCGCGACGAUGCAGACCUCGCACGUCGGCCAGCAGGCUAACGACCUCAAGGCUCUGCACGCCAAGCUCUCCGAGACGCUCAACACCACUAUCCCAUCAAUUCGACCGAUCCCCCCUCCCUCUGCCUCGCCCGACGGACCGUACGUCCCGCCCGCGCCCGCCAGCAGUUGGAACGACUCGUCCGCUGCGACGACAGCUGUCUUUGACGCCUGGUCCGGAGCGUCCUCGCCCCGUGUCAAGUCAAAUAUGGCCGGUGUUCAGCAGUCGAUGAGUAAGCUCGGCACCAGCCCCCGCCAUCAGCAGAACGGCAAGGACGUCCGCCCGCAUCACACUGUUCUCGAUCAGAACGUGUCGCCCGCCCAGCGUGAGGGCUUUGCCGGCGACGCCUUCCGUCCCUUGUUCGAGGGCAAGGUGCAGCAGUAA